AUGCAGUCGCAGAUGUACCAGCCGAAGCAAUUCAAGACCCACAAUCUCGACAAAAGCAACAUUCGAGACCACGAUGUCUGGAGAUACAUCUUUGAUCGGGUACUUUAUCCGCUUGAGAAUGCCCUCCUGACGGCAUAUGGGAUCAGUCCGUACAUGCUCCAUGUGGGUCCAGAGCAGCAGAGCAAUGCAGUCGCCCAGCUGUCGGGCUCUUUUGAUGGUGAAGAGAGCGGCGAAGUUGACGAUUACCACAACGAUGUGAGGAGCUCGCUCAACGUGGUGGAUCGGAUCGAGGGACAGAACGCGUCAAGAUCGCAGUGUUGGACACCGGACUACAACUUCCCAGACACCUUCACGCACUCUAUCAGGACCAGGGGAGAAUCCUCACCAAGUAGUCAAAAAGCUUUGUGGGCAAACCUGACAGCGUGGCCUCUCAGCACAACUAGGACUGGGACUGCGACUGCGACGGUCAUGGCUCUCGCCAACAAAUACCUGGAAGGCCGACGUGAUUGUUAUGUGCUUUGGGUUCGUCGCCUGAUCAAGGACCCCAAGGACCCGGAAAGCACGAUCGCAGGGAGCAGCGACGUGCCGGUCCCGCCCCCAAAGGUCUACGAGAGCUCAAAGGCCGACUGA